AUGCUGUUACGACCAGUGCAGUUAUCCAAGGUCUUCACUUACCACUCUUUCAUCGCGCUGUGUACAUUAGUGUUGAUUUACCACAUCCUCUCCUCUCAGGACCGCUUUGUCAUUCGUAUACCAGGGGCCGUUACGACCACCGUACAGGACACCGGCUUUCCCCGACAAAUCUGGUAUAAACUAGGUCCUAAUGGCCUCUCUCCAGAAACGCAAAACUGGACAGACAGCUGUAUCAAAAACAACCCUUCCUACACAGCGCACUUCAUGACCGACGAAAGCAGCGACGACUACGUCCGUACAGCUUUCGCUUCCCGCCCGGACAUCGUCGCAAACUACCUCGCCCUCCCCAUCCCCAUCUACAAAGCAGAUUUCCUGCGCUACCUCCUCCUCUGGGACCGCGGCGGUAUAUGGUCCGAUCUAGACGUAUCCUGCGAGACACCUAUUGGCACAUGGGUGCCGUCUGAAUACCAGGCCAACGCCUCGCUCGUUGUAGGGUGGGAGUUCGACCAAGGCUGGCCCGGUGUGUACGUCCGACAAUUCGCUAGCUGGACUAUCAUGGCUAAACCACGGUCCCCACAUAUGAUGCAAAUCAUCGACGACAUACUGCUUACACUGCGGGAGAAGACGGCCGAACACAACAUUGGUGUUGAGGGCGCGUCGUUGGAUAUCAUGGGCGAUGUGGUUGAUUUUACGGGGCCGCGGCGGUUGACAAGGAGUGUGUUUAAGAGUCUGGGGAGGAUGCUUAAUAAGACUGUGGAUGUGCGUGAGAUGCAGGAGUUGCUGCAGCCGAGGUUGGUGGGCGAUGUGCUGGUUAUGCCGGAAGUCGUUCGCGGCGUCGGCGAAUAA